AUGAGCCUGCGUGUCCUUGUUGGCUGCAAGCGCGUCGUCGACCAUGCCGUCCGCAUUCGCGUUCGCCCGGACUUCUCUGCGGUCGAGACCCGUGACGUCAAGCACUCGCUGAACCCCUUCGACGAGAUUGGUGUCGAGGAGGCUGUCCGCCUCAAGGAGAAGAACCUCGCCGGCGAGCAAGCCAAGAAGAAGAAGGUCGAGACCCUGACUCCGGCCGAGCUUGACGUCGAUGUCGCCCCCCGCCUGGAGACCACCCGCGUCGAGGAGCCCGCUCCCCGCCAGGGCGGCGGCCGCGUCGCCGAUGUCGCCGAGCUUAUUUCCAAGCUCCGUGGUGCCGGUGCCCUCUAA